AUGGCAGGUUAUAUGAAUUUAAAUUCAGAUAAAGGAUGCGCUUAUUCAGUUGCGUUAAUAAAAGAACAAUUAGAAAGUCGAUUAAACAAAAAUGCAAACCAGAUACAGAUUGCCGCAAAGUCAAACACUGCUUUGGUAAAACAGCAAAUUAAAUUGGAGGAAAGAAUACAAGAACUUGAUAGGACCGAAGGUGACAAAGUUUCCCAAGCUCUUAAAGAUAGAUUGGUUGCAUUUGAGCAAGAGAUGAAGGCUCUUGACGUGGAGAUUUUUCAAGGAACUAGAGUUCUGUUAAAGGGUACGAACAUACCAACGUUAUUUGAUUCUACCACAAAGCCUGAAUCGAAUGUAAAGUUCACGCCAAAAGAAAAGAACAAAUAUGGGAAGAAUCAAAAAAAAUCUUCGAAGGUGGAUAUCGAAUUAGCGGAAAAUAUAGGGCAGGGUUUGGUACAGGAGAUAAGACGCUUGAAGGAAAGGGUAAGGGAACUCGAAAUAAACAAGGCUGAAUUAGAACAUAAUAUCGAAAUUCUUACAGGGCGAGCUUGCUCGACAGAGGAGAUUGAAGAUUUCAUAAUAGUCGAAUAG